CUCUGGCAGGCAGCCACUCGCCGAGACGGCAUUUCCGGGCAUGCAAUAAGUAUGCCAGUGGUUCGACCACAGAGUUCAGAUUGACACGCAGCCAAUAGCAGCAAGUUUGCAGGACUUUCCUCCUGCCAUUGACUAAUAGUAUCAGCUGAUCAGCGCGCACCUUCCUCUCUGUACUGCUUUUCCAGUUCGUUUCAGACCUCAAGGGAUUAUUCCGCUUUCUGUCCAACAACAGAUCACAUCACGCAAUCAAUACACAGAAAUACUGAUAAGGCCAAUAGGUACGCCUGAAUUUGGCGUUCAGAUUGUCGGAUAUGGCGACCAUGAUGACUACCAACAAGUUCUCCAUACACUCGAUCUUAGGCGAUAGUGUCAAUCCAGGAUUGACGCACGUCAACGGUUGCAACCCCGUCGUUCCUCAGACUGCUCUCACGUCGGCAGUGGCCCAGGAGGCAGCACUCCGCGCUGCGUUCUGCAACGGCUACACCACGAACAUGAUGCCCUGCUCUACAGCUGCUAAUAACACCACGCCAGCAGCAGCACCAAUUCCAGCGCCACAUCUUCCUCAGGCACAGCAAGCAGCAGCAGCGCCACCGCCGACCAAUGGGAUGAACUUGGCACUGGCACAAGGGCCGAACCAGUUCACCCCGGCUGUCACUGGUGCGACCAUCCUCCGACCACCAGGCAAUUCACCCAUCACAUGGCAACCUUUGGCUUUCUACCAGGACACGAGAUGGACGUUACCCCAGCAGACCACUAGCAGCACUGAAGGGAUCAUGCACCCGACGACACCCGCUGCCAUGCAGCCCAGCUAUCAAACCACGGCCGCCGCCUCCUGCAACGUCGGCUGCUAUGGAUACGACAACACGAGCGCGGCGGGCAUGGGGAUGGGCCUGAAUCCGGCGGCUGCGGCUGCAGCACAGCGUCCGCACGUCUAUGGUCUGGGCCAACUGAAGCUGAAGAAAAAGAAGACUAGAACGGUGUUUACACGUUCCCAGAUCGAUCAGCUGGAACUGACGUUCAACCAGAAGCGCUACCUGUCCUCCAACGAUCGCCUUCAGCUAGCAUUAUCACUGAAGAUGACCGAGACUCAGGUGAAAGUCUGGUUUCAGAACAGACGAAACAAGUGGAAGCGCGAAAUAGCCACCACCUCCGGACAGCGUCCCGGCUCGGCUGAGAGCCAGAGUGCGGACAGCUGCAUGGAGAAAUCCUCCACCACGUCACAGUCAGGGGCCAACGAUAUGACGGAAGACACGGAAGAGUGGGAGGAGUGCGACGGACCUCUCUCGUCCGGGGAGCAGUUUGAAGACGGUGGUUUCCCUUCAGCGGGCAAUGGUGGCAACGGGGUAGCCGUAGCUGCUCCUGCAAGCUCUACUAACCAGCUAAAUCAGCAACAAACACUGUCUCAACCACAGCAGCAGCAGCAGCACUUGACAAGCUGGCGCACGUCAUAGGAUAUCAGCAGUCAGCAGAGAGACUGAUGUUAUCCUGACCUCUGCCCUGUUACCAGGCGAGAACAGAGAGCACCCCCACCCCCACUCUCUCCAGCUGCGUUUUCACACUUGUCAAGGUUAUCUCCGUCUUGAAGCUCGCCUCCAAAGCCCUAUUCUAACGUGCAUCAUCGUUUACGAGCAAUCUACUCGUCUCUCCGAGAAAGGUUUUUACAGCAGCGUGUGUUGGCCAGCACCACCGCUAUCUAUGGGACAGUCAAAACAGUGACCACGUUUGACUGCUCAGAAUAAUGGAUGCACCCGAUUUCAACAGCAAAAUGAGCAGGAAGCACACAGCUCAGAAUGGCUAGGUGCCAGUGAUUCCCUUCACGUUUCGCCAUUUCAACAUCACAACUUCACGUUGCCAGCCAGUCAUAUCCUGGACACUAAGGAGUAACUCCCGAAAUGCGUACAUUAUACUAGCAACCAUGAGCGAACAGUACACAAGCACUGUAUGUGCAUCACGCACUGCAAUUGCAGCGAUUACAGACCAUCAAGCCAAUCUGAAACUCUGAAGAACUCCACAGAUUAUGAUACAUGUACAAUAUUUUCACCUACUAAUAAAUCUCUGCAAGUUCGUUUACUGUGUUUGUUGAUCUUGAUCGAAUGAUGGCUGCUGAUAUUGCCUGCACUCGUUGGAGAUUAUGGACAUGUAGCAAUUGCUUCCAAGUUGAAUUAACAAUUCACAUCACCCUCACACAAAGCAAUUCACACGAAUUUCCCAUAAUAUAGCAUGUUGUCACUUGUUAUUUCCACUACUUAGGCAGCGUUGAUUCGCAAGACGUGAUAAGCUGGGCAUUUUUCGCCAUAAAAUAAUUAUUUUCACGAAUUUCACUCUUCAUUUUAGGAAAGUAUCGUCUCUGGCGUGGGCUGUGCCCACCCAGGGAGAUAGUAACUGGCACAUCAAACCAACACCUAUCA